AUGGACGGCAGCCCCGGUGAAAAGGCGCAGAUCGUGUCCCCCAGCGGGAGUAAGUCCGCGGUCUGGGAGUACUUCGGGUUCUGGAUGAUCCACGGGGUUCUGGACAAGCGGCGCGCCGUGUGCAAACUGUGCCGACAUGAGAUGGCUUAUGUCGGGAACACUACCAACCCAGCCAGGCAUCUCAGGGUCCAUCACGACAUCCUGACCACGGGCAUCACCAGCUGCAGCACCAGCGGGGCUAAAAACAGAGACAAACCGAGGACAUUUUCGGCUCUGUCGCUGGCUGCUGCAUUGGACAGAGUUGGAGUGGACUGGUCCCGCGCUGUCAGCCUGGCUACAGACGGCGUGCCAUCCAUGGUCGGAAAGAAAGCAGCCGGCGCUCCAGACAGUCCAGACUCCGGUCCCACGGAGCCUCUGCCGGCGAUGGCGGACCAGGCCGAGCAGGCGGCUUUGACCCACAACGAGGAAGAGACGUUUGCCCUGGAGCCCAUAGACAUCACAGUGAAGGAAACCAAAGCCAAGCGGAAGAGGAAGCUGAUCGUGGACAGUGUGAAGGAGCUGGACAGUAAGACGAUCCGGGCGCAGCUGUCUGAUUACUCCGACAUCGUGACCACGCUGGACUUGGCUCCGCCCACAAAGAAGCUGAUGAUGUGGAAGGAGACGGGCGGCGUGGAGAAGCUGUUCUCUCUGCCCGCGCAGCCGCUGUGGAACAACCGGCUGCUCAAGAUGUUCACCCGGUGCCUGACGCCUCUGGUCCCAGACGAGUUGAGGAAGAGGAGGAAAGGAGGAGAAGCCGACAGUUUGGACGAGUUCCUCAAAGACCUGGAGAACUCUGAGGUGCCGCGCGAGGAGACCACAGCGCCACAGCAGCAAGGCAUCAUGGACCAGACGCUGAUGGAGGAGGCCAGCACUCUGCAGUCCGCGGCCGUGGAGGGCAGCAGGACCCUGGACGAGUCUGCGAUGCCGCCCCCUGGUGGUCAGAGAGGAGUUAAGCGCAAGACACCGGAGGCAGAGCCAGCACUGCCUUUGGGUGCAGAGGAGCAGCAGCAGACCUCCACAAACGAUCUGCCUCCAGAGGAACCGUCCAUCAGUCAACUCCUGGACCUGGACCUGCUCAGCGACAAGAAGAAGACGGACGACGACUCCGAGGACGAGGAGGAGGAGGUGCAGGGAGGAGACCAGGACCAGGAAGAACGAAGAUGGAACAAAAGAACGCAGCAAUGCUUCACGGGCUCCAGGGUGAUGGACAAGACCGGGGCCCAGUCCGUGAGUCUCCUGGACCUCUGUCGGAACAACAACAGGAAGCAAGCGGCUGCAAAGUUCUACAGCUUCCUGGUUCUGAAGAAGCAGCAGGCGGUGGAGUUGGUGCAGGAGGAGCCGUACAGUGACAUCACCGCCACCCCCGGGCCGCGCUUCCCACGUCAUCUGAGCCCACCGCCUCCAAAUACAGUAGAAGAAGAAAGAGGCGGGACUCAACCCAACGUUUGGCGGAACAAGUAG